AUGCCAGCAUACCUCGUAGGAAGGCUAUUCGACCCAAUCCUCGGUCUCGCCACAGGGGUGAUGGCCUACUUCCUCUGGGAGAACGACGGACGCAACGCACAUGAGCGCCCAGAAGGUCGUUCGCUUCCGGAGCUCGUUCGACGCCGACUAGCCAACCAGCCUGCUCCUGCUGAGCUUUACCGCGGCCCAGCGGCAACCCAACGAUCAAUCUUCCACAUCCCUUCAGCAUCACAAAUGGCUCCUACAGCAACAGAGGCAAAGGAUGGCAGCCGAUCAACAUCACAAAUCAUCGAGGAUGCUAAGAAUCGAGCCACACAGAAUCAAGGAGAGCGUCAAUCGGAUCUUGGAGCAUUGAGAAUCGCUGUUGCGGACGAGUGGAACCAGUCGAACACCUCGCAAGGCUCUUGA